AGCGCGCAGGCGCAAUUGGUUGCUAGACCCAGUCUCUGCAUCCGGUGGAGGUUGCUCGUUUCCCUUCCCGCUGCUAUCACUAGUCUGUUCUGGUAUCCUACACCUAUUUUAAAUAAAAUCAGAAAAACACUUCCACGAUUGACCCAUCAAUGAAGCAUGGCAACCAAUUUCGGCAAAAUACAAAUUGGUAUUUACGUGGAAAUCAAGCGGAGCGACGGACGAAUCCAUCAGGCUAUGGUUACCUCACUAAAUGAAGAUAAUGAAAGUGUUACAGUAGAGUGGAUUGAAAAUGGCGAUACAAAAGGCAAAGAGAUCGACUUGGAGAGCAUAUUUGCACUAAACCCAGACUUGGCACCAGAGGAAGAAGAUAUUGAGCCAAGCCCUGAAACGCCACCACCUCCUACACCUUUAGCCAAAGUGAACAAAUUAGCUAAGAAUCGACGAACUGUGGUUCCUGUUAAGAAUGAAACGCCAGCUAGAGACAAUCGAGCUGUGUCAGCUCGUGCACGGCCAAGUCAGAUCACAGAUCAGUCUUCCUCCAUUCACCAGAAUGGUAGCGUUCCAGAUAUAUCCCCAGCAGCCCAAGCUAUGAAAAAAGAAUUUGGACCACCUUCACGUAGGAAAUCAAAUUGUGUGAAAGAAGUUGAAAAACUACAAGAAAAACGAGAAAAGCGGAGGUUACAACAACAAGAGCUAAGGGAAAAAAGAGCACAGGAAGUCGAUGUAGCAACGCCCAACUAUGAAAUAAUGUGCAUGAUUAGGGAGUUCCGAAAUAGUUUGGACUAUCGACCAUUGACAAAUGCUGAUCUUGUAAGUUCCAUGCAUUUAUGUAUGUGUGUAUACAAACAGCCAAAAACUCAAAAACGAAAUCCACUAAAAGACCUUGAUGUAAUAACUAUUCCUAGUAAAGAUGUCGUGAUGGUACAUGAGCCUAAACAAAAGGUGGAUUUAACUAGAUUUCUGGAAAACCAGACAUUUCGCUUUGACUAUGCCUUUGAUGAUACAACUAGCAAUGAAAUGGUGUACAGGUUUACAGCUCGGCCGCUUGUAGAGACAAUAUUUGAAAGAGGAAUGGCAACUUGCUUUGCGUAUGGUCAAACUGGCAGUGGAAAAACACAUACCAUGGGCGGUGACUUUACUGGAAAAAAUCAAGACUGCUCUAAAGGAAUUUAUGCAUUAGCAGCAAGAGAUGUGUUUUUAAUGUUGAAGAAGCCAAAUUACAAGAAGUUAGACCUACAAGUGUAUGCAACCUUUUUUGAGAUUUAUAGUGGCAAGGUAUUUGACUUGUUGAAUCGAAAAACAAAAUUAAGGGUAUUAGAAGAUGGAAAGCAGCAGGUACAAGUUGUUGGUUUGUCAGAACGAGAGGUUAAAUGUGUUGAAGAUGUAUUGAAGCUAAUUGAAACAGGAAACAGCUGCAGAACAUCAGGGCAGACAUCUGCAAAUGCUCACUCAUCUCGGAGUCAUGCAGUAUUUCAAAUAAUAUUGCGGAAAAAAGGGAAAUUACACGGCAAGUUUUCCUUGAUUGACUUGGCUGGCAAUGAACGAGGAGCAGAUACCUCUAGUGCUGAUAGACAGACUAGACUUGAAGGUGCUGAAAUUAACAAAAGUCUCCUAGCACUUAAGGAAUGUAUCAGAGCACUGGGACGAAAUAAACCCCACACACCUUUCAGAGCAAGUAAACUUACUCAGGUGCUGAGAGAUUCUUUCAUAGGAGAAAAUUCACGAACCUGUAUGAUUGCCACAAUAUCACCAGGGAUGGCAUCUUGUGAAAAUACACUAAACACACUAAGAUAUGCAAACAGAGUAAAGGAGUUUGGAAUUAGUCCUUCAGACAUUCCCUUCUCACAGGGUAGCAGCAGUCGCUCUGAUCUGUCUCCUUCCUAUGAGUAUGAUGACUUUUCUUCAUUCACCAGAGUGAAAGAACUGACAGUGGAUCCUAGUGGUGCUGACCUUCGUCCAAACAUUCACGUACAGAACCAGCUAGAUGACUUAGACGUUCAGUGGCCCAUUGGAAGCUCUCCACAGCGAGAUGACCUCAAACUGCUUUGUGAACAAAAUGAGGAAGAAGUUUCUCCCCAGCUGUUCACAUUUCAUGAAGCAGUGUCACAAAUGGUAGAAAUGGAAGAACAGGUAUUAGAGGAUCACAGAGCAGUUUUCCAGGAAUCUAUCCGGUGGCUAGAAGAAGAAAAGGCACUACUAGAAAUGACAGAAGAAGUUGAUUAUGAUGCGGAUUCCUAUGCUACACAACUAGAAGCAAUUCUGGAUCAAAGGAUUGAAAUUUUAACCGAGUUGAGAGAUAAAGUGAAAUCUUUCCGUGCUGCUCUCCAGGAAGAAGAACAGGCCAGUAAGCAGAUCAAUCCAAAGCGACCGCGUGCCCUCUGAAAAGAAUAACUGUUGCUGGUACUAGAUAGACUUGUCGAGUUCCUUUACUGUAACUCGCUGCUUCUCAAACUGUGGUUAUUGGGAACCUGGCUGCCUGAAGACUGGAACAGUUUGGAAUAAAGUUUGUGGAAAUAAUCCUACACCUUGACUUUGAACGGCUUCUUAUCUGUUCCGUCUGAGACACUCCUAAGAUGCUAUAAGACAAAUCGCUUCUAGUUCAAAACAGCACAACCAUGAAGGGUUUAGGAUAUCUGAAGCACUUUCUUUUCAUCUUAAUUUUAAGAAAAUAAAAAGAAAUUUUAUGUUUUGACGACCUUGCCAACUUUUUUAAGACAGUGAAAUAAAACUGUGGUCUUUUUAUGCCACAGUAUUUUUCUUUCAACCAUGUGUGUUUUGUUACAAAAAUGAACUGUGCAGUUUUAAAUUUUGUUUGCUUGCAUGCACACACACCAUCAGUAAUGUAAAAUACUUCUCUCAUAGAGACUGCUGUGCUCUACGUCUCCCACAUCGUGCCUUGGUGAAGGCAAAAUACUCCCAGCGAUUCCAUUAGUUCUGUGUCAAGCACAGCCUUAACUUAAUAAAACACAUUCCUUGUUGGUCA